AUGGAUGAGAAUGAUGUCAUCAUAUCUUCCACCGAGAUUAUAAAAGACAGAUUAUACUUCGCUACCCUCAAAACCGGAUACAAGCCGAAGCCGACGCGUAACAGUAAAUACUUCCACAUCGAGGAUGAGAUCGUUUACGAAAACUUCUACUUCGACUUUGGACCCUAUCACCUAUGCCAUUUGUAUCAGUUUUGCAAUAAGCUCAACGAGGAAUUGGAGAAAAACCCUAAAAAGAAGAUUGUCUUCUACACGAGUAACAAUGAAACGCUUAGACUCAAUGCGGCCUAUCUUAUUGGGAGUUAUCAGAUAAUAUAUCUAGGCAGUUCCCCCGGUGCGGUUUACAAACAGCUGACGGAGGGCACGUGGUCCCUCCUGAACUUUCGGGACGCAUCUGGUGGUCCGCCACUCUUCGACAUAUCGCUGUUGGACGUCUUGCAGGGCAUCAAGGUGGCGCACGACGCCAGGUUCUUCGAUUUUGAGCAUUUCGACGCUGAUCAGUAUUUGUUUUAUGAGAAAGUGGAGAACGGUGAUCUAAACUGGAUUAUCCCAAGCAAGAUGCUCGCGUUCUCCGGCCCCCACCACCGCUCCCGUCUCGACCGCGGCUACCCCCUCCACAGCCCAGAGCACUACCACGAGUACUUCAAGAAGAACCACGUGACGACAAUAGUGCGGCUCAACAAGAAGUCAUAUGACGCCAGGCAGUUUACUUCGCACGGAUUUGAGCAUAGAGAGCUGUUCUUCGUGGAUGGAUCUGUGCCGUCUGAUCUGAUUGUGAACAGAUUCAUACGGAUCUCGGAGGUGGCGAAGGGCGCUGUCGCUGUGCAUUGUAAAGCGGGCCUCGGUCGCACGGGCACGCUGAUCGCGUGCUACAUGAUGAAGCACCACGGCUUCACGGCGCGCGAGGCGAUCGCGUGGCUGCGCGUGUGCCGCCCCGGCUCCGUUAUCGGCCACCAGCAGUGGUUCCUGGAGAACAUCCAGCCGCGCAUGCACGCGGAGGGCGAGGCGUACCGGCGGCGCAACAACAUCACCGCGCUGCCCGUGUUCACACGCGGCAUCUACUGCACCCUGCCCGCGCCCGCCGCGCCCGCCGUCCCCGCCGCGCCCCCCGCGCCUGCCCCCGUCUCGCUGACCACCAUACUGGGCAAGGGCGCCGCUAGCAAGUUGGAUAACGCUAACGCACUAAACGCGAACGAAACGGACACGGAGAACAACAUAACAUCAGUUAUCGGGAAAUAUAAAAUCACCGCGUCCCCGAUGCUGCCGGCCAAAGUGUUCACGCCGAAAAUGAACUACAUGAUGCCAACGAACAACAUACGGAACGCGAACAACACGAAUCUCAAACCGCAGCCGCGCUUGAUCAACUCGACCCUGAAGUCCCACUAUGCGGCCAAAACGUCCACGUUCCCGCCAACAAGAGGUGCCAAUUCUCAGGCCAACAAGCUGGCCGGUGUGAAAUCUCCCUUUACGGGAAAAAAUAGCUUCCACGGACAACGUGCCAACCUGGCCAGACCGGCCAACUACACGCACGGGACCAGCCCUAUUAAAACAUUCGCGCGAAAAGCACUCAGUGUCACCAAGAUGACCACCAACGACACCAACACGGUGACCACCGUCAGCGUAACCUCAACUCUAACGGCUAUGACGGAGAACUGCCAUUUGAACGGCAAAAAUCGCCUCCCCUCGGAACCGAAUCUCAAAGCGGCGCAGAACAAAGCUCCAGCGGUAAAUAAUACUAGGAAGAAGUUGAUAGUCCGGUCGAAUUCCAGUUCAAGGAAGAAACUCCCUAAGAGCGUAGCGAAAGGCAACCUGGAAGCAACGCAGGAUCUAUCGUCCAGUGACACGAACAUAACGAACAUUUCAGUCGAUUCGUUGGACGCGCCGUUCAGGUUCAGACGAAAACGGGAUAAAUCUAACAGCCCCGAACCGAUGGACACCAUAUCCAACUCCAUAAUAACAGCCGACGUGACGCCGGAGAAUUUCGAAGAAUCGAACAAUUCCCAGGGAAAUAAAUUGUAUAAAAUCAAGGCGUUGCGAAAGAAAUGCCCCGCGUUCGGUGUCAGUUUACUGAAGAAGGACGGCGUUCAAACGCGCUCCAGUAGUUGCGCCAGCAGCUCGACAGUUAAAAAGAAAUGAUCUCUAUGAGUGUUAGUUACGCACGUUCUAAGUUUAAAGGGAGUUAGCUAGUACUUGUCACAGUGUAUUAGCGUCUUAGUGAAAUUUUACGAAAGAUGUAUGUAUAGCUGGUGUAACGUUCAGUACACAGAAACAAACUAUUUUUACCAAUUAAUUAUUCAUUUAAACCUAGUUUCCUAAAAAGAAAGUGAACCUUCAAUUCAAUAUUUUUAGUUUUGUUACUUGAUAAUUCGAUUGGGUUUUUAGCCGAUUGACAUUAUUUGUUGAUAGGAAAUUGUGGUUCCAUUUUAAAUAUUAGAAUGAACAUACUUCAGUGACCUUUGUAGAAGAGAAUUGUACAUAGGGAAUUUGAAAAACGAUGCCGUACAUUUAUAAUGCUUUCAAAUUUCGUUUGUUUCUAAUAUGUUCAUCCAUUAACCCAUAAACAACACUAAAAUAUAUUAUUUGCUUAUCGUUAAUUAUUUUGUUUGUCAUAUUUAUUGACACUAAAAGCAUUGACAAGUACUAUAUAGUCGCGUAAAUAAGGCUUUAGAUAUUAUUAGACGUGCAUAGCACAUGUUAUACCGUAUAGGUCUACUUAGAUUCGUGCCGACUGACUUAAUAACCCAUAUCACAUAACGUUCCCUAUUAAAUUAAUAGUUGUCUAUAAAAAAAUUAUCAAUUUUUUUAUCGUAUAGAAGUAUGGAGAUCGUUCGCUGGUUAGACCCCAAAUGACAAGCCUAAAUGUUUAUAAUCAUUUACUGUUUAUAUCUUAGGUCGUUGUUGUAGUGGUUGAAUGUUCAAUACUGUUGUUUUUUUAUUAUGUUCUUUUUUAUAUUUUUUCUUUAUAUAUAUUUACUUUUUGUAUCAAAUCAAAUUGAUGACUCUAUGUCCGUAUACAGAAACAAAUGCAGGUUACAAAAAAGGUAUCUAUUUAUGUAUCGAAAAUAAUGUUACUUUGUAUUAUUUAAAUAUUUAAAAUAUGACUUUGUAUUAUUUAAACUUUAUGUUUGGAAAUAAUUUUUUCAUGCAUUUAUUUUUGUGAUCUACUAAAAAAUAACAAAAAUUUUAGAGAGUUUAUUGGAUAUUCAAUCGCUAUUGUUAGUAUUAAGAGGAAAUAUUUUUGUAAUUUAAAAUACUUAUAGAUCUAUAAAAUGCCAUUUUUAUUAGCUUUUAUUAGGCUUCCUUGUUAUUUACAUAACAUAUGAUUUAUUGUGUUGACACGUUGUUGUAGUUUUUUAUUAUUUCUCGCAAUAGAUAGCAUAGAUUGUUUAAAUAAUUUAUUAGGUUUAAAUUAGUUAUUAUACAAAUAAAUAAUGUUUAACUUGACAGAGAAUACUGACAUUCUUUUUAUAUUUAUAUAGUAUUACUAUAUAUUUAUUAUAAUAUACCGUAUUUGACAUAAAAUGCACUUUAUAACAAUGCAAGUUUUCUCUUUAUUUACGAUUAUUAUUAUUAUAUUUUCCAUAUUCAAUAUGAGAAUCAAUGCAAUGCUUCUAUGAUAAGUUGUAACAGUCUUGGACUGUUAAUAAUUGUUAUUUCAAAUAUUUAUCUCUUAUUUCAUAGAAGAUAUGGCUUCAUUAUUUGUUUGGAUAGUUGCAAACAGCGUUAGCCUUUGAAUUAAUCAAUAAUUAUUAUAAAUAUUAAUUAAAAAUUUAUUCAGACAGGUAAUUCACAAAGAUUUAACAUUCAUUUUAGGACACCUAUUGAUGCCAAAAAAUUGUUAGACAAAAAAUGCAAUAUUUCGUAUGUAUGAGGAAAAUACGUAGUGUAUUUCACUCACUGCUACUGCUGUACUGUGCAAUGAUUUUUCUAAACUGUUCGUUUAUCCUAUAUGAGAAUGGGAUAGCGCUGUUUCAAACUACAUCAACUGAGUAUGAAGCCUAAAAAUCAAUAAUUUUUUCAACUACAUAAUUUUGUUAUUACUGUUGCAGAAAGGGGCACUAGAUACAAAAUAGUAAAUAUAAAUAUACGCAAUUUGCAACGAAUUAAACUCGUAAUUUGUUUAAAUAAGAGAAGAGUUUUGUGGAUUUAUAAAUGAUUUGAUUUUUAGAUUUGAAAACGUUCAAAUGUACACUAUUCUCAAAUAGUGAUAUUGGUCAACAAAAUAUCUUGUGUCUCUAUCUGUUACAGAUCAUUAUUCUUCACCAAAACUAUAUUUGUUUUGAUCACUUUAAUAUUUAAAUGUUACUAUGCCAGAUCUAACGUAUGCAUAGUUUUAGAUAGCUGUUUUAUAAGACUGUUGUCUUCGCCAUUUUUAUUAAAUAGUUUACUGUUGGUAGAAGUGUACUUACAAUGAGGUCACUUAUGAUCAUACAUUAUAAAAAAAAACGUGUAUUUAUUAACUUUAAUUUAUCAUCUUGAAUUUUAAUUUACUCAUCUUCUUUUAGAGAAAGUAUCAAUAUAUGAGCAUUCAAUCAAGAAAUCGAAACGUACUCAUCUAUUAUUAUGAAUAUGUUUAUGAAAUAUGCAGUAUCAAUAAUUAUCUUACAAGGCACUUUCUUAUAAUAUAUAAUUAUUUUAUUCUUUAGAACAUAUCCCAUUUUUUUUCAUGACCUUCAAGAUGUACAGAAUUUGCACAUUUAAAAUGUUAAAACCCCUUAAUGUAAGUACAGUUUUGUCGGUUGUUAAUAUUUAGGCAGCUGUUAAGAGUGAACUUAUAGAUAGAUCUUGGGAAAGAAUGUUGGUUGUGCGUUAAGCGAUAUCAUAUUUGAAUAUUUCUUCAUAGUUUUAACUAUCAAAUCAAUUCCACUAGCUGACACUUAAAAUUCUGCAUUGAUCAUCAAUUUUUUUGUAUUUAUAUCUGAUAUUUCAAUAUAUUGAUUUUUAAUAGAAAUCUGUAGAUACACAUAUUCAAACACACAACAAUAUUGAGAAAUAUUCAAAUGUCGUCUUCUAAAAAUGGUGCAAGAUUGCUUCAUAGUUUUGUUAAAAUAUAUUUGUAUUAUACUUACCAUUGCGUGUACGGCUUAGAUAUUCGAUUUAUUUACAUAAUAUUUUGAUUGCAUAUUCAUUUGAUGAGACAUUGUUUUUAAAUAUAGUAUUUAAUGUUAAACAAUAUUGAAUGUAAGUGUGUAUGAACCAUUUAUAUAUAAGUAACGAAGCUGUCAUAGACAAACUAUUAUAUUAGACAUACAGAAUUGUUUAAUAUUUAAUAUAUUUGCGUUCUUCCUUCGUCCUUUUUUUUCUAUAUUCAUGGCAUAUAAAAAUAGUUGAAAGCUGGUAAAUGUAUUAUAAUAGUAUCAACAAUAUUAGUUUAAUAUUUUUCGAUAAUUACGUAGAUGCACUAAGUAUUUUUUUCUUUCUUUAAUGAUACGACAUAGCAUUUAAAUUCCGGUGUAAACUAUUAUAAUUUUGAAAAAUUAUUUAUUUAUUCAAAUAUUAAAUAGAGGUGUAAAAAGAUAAAAUAAACAAAAAAUAAGACGAGAAUUAAUUGUGAAUAUAUAACUGAACACAACAAGAUACAUAAUGAAAGAGUCUAAACAAAGUGCAAAUUUAUUUGAUCAAUCUAAACUCAAUAUAUUAAAGACGUUUUUUAUUUAUAUUCAUAUUUAAAGACAUUUAUUAUAUAAAUGGUUCAUAGAAACGGUGCGUAAUAUGAUGGAAUCGGGACCAGAGUAAAGGGUAUGAAAGUUUCCCCAAUAUGUUUAGAUAAUUUGAAUUAUUAUAUAUAUUAAAAGUUUUGUUAUGAUUGAGGGCUAAUCAGUUACUAAUGCACCAUUACAAAGGUAUGUGUAUAAAUAAUCAAGUGACACCUAAUGAUUAUGGUGUAAUGCUUGCGCUUAAUAAAAAGAUAUAUUACUAUU